GGUCAGCGGCAGCGCUCGGCGCCGGUGUGGCCCGGCCCCGGACGGCGGCCGAAGUGGAGGAGUGGAGAGGGGUGCACUGUGGGACGUGGAGUGGUGCUCUGUGCAGGGACAGUAGCGCUGCGGUGCUGUCGGUGUGUGUUUCUGGGACAGUGAUAGACUAGCUGUGCAGUGAUUGACUGUUUGGGACUGAGGGUGUUUGAGGCCUGUGAGAGAAGGACUUGCAGCUUGUGAGCACAACAAAUCUCUGCAAUGCCGGACCUCAGCUCCCUGCAGACCGAGAACGCGGAUCCACCGCCGCCUCGGCCUCCGUCCUCCGAGUCAGCAACACCGUCCAUCCCCGUCCCCACCGGCGGCGGUCACAAGUUCUCCUACACCAAGAACUGGGGAGAGGUGAGCGACACGCUGAGGAAGAAGCUCAGCAAGCGACUCUCGGUGCUGAAGGAGAGCGACGACAACUCCGGGGACGAGGACCGCGCCUAUCGCUCCGACCGCAGCCACGUGGAGGGCUCGCGCAGUCCGCCCGACAGUCUGCUCUCGGGACACGGCGGAUCCCCGCACGAACGCUCCCCAGACGCCCUGCUGGGAGCCGAUGGCCUCUCGUCGGUCCGACACUCGCGCGCCGCCAUCUGGCAGAAGAUAUCCUCCGCCUCCGCGGCGCAGGGACCUCCACCGAGCAGGUUCAACCGCGUGGGCACCACCUUCCAGGGUCUCUACGUGGCUCCGACGGGGCCGCACGCCAGCCGAACGAGAGGUGACGAUGACGGCACGCGCAGUCCGAGGACGGGGUCGGGUACCCCGGAUAGGGAGUACCGCUCCCUGGCGGCCUUUAUCACGCGGUCGGCCACUCCGGAGCGACUGCGGGCCCGGGCCAACACCCCUGGAGGGGGAGGGGUGAGCAGGUCCAACACCCCUGGAGGGGGAGGGGUGAGCAGGUCCAACACCCCCGCAGCCGGCAGGUCCAGCCGCGCUGAGACUCCUGAGAGACGCGCCAGUACUGAGACGAGUCCCAGGGCAGGAUCCAGAGGACGCCAGAGUCGCAUGUCUGUACGGAGGCAACGAGACGAAGGUGAGCCCACCCGUAGCUCAGCCCCAUCAAGGAAUGGCUCACAUGGCCCCAACGGAGAUGGGAAAUCUCUUGAAAACAAACGGGCCUUUGGUGACGACGAACUGCACAGUAAAUCAAUUGAAGAAGAGGAUAUUGUGCGUAACCAAAAACAUUCCAAACAUACUAAUGGUAACGACUUUACAGAACCCGAAACAGUUCCGGAAAGUCUUGAAGAUGAUGAUGACGAUAACUGUUUGGCGUGCAAAAGCGAAUCCCAGAAGCAGGACCCUGAUUCGGCUGCAUCAGAGAUGAACUCACCUCGAUCCAUGCGUUCCGGCAAGUCUAACCAGCUCAGUACUGAUGGCGGCCUCAGAGAGUCACCUGAUGAUUACCGCAGUAGCCACAGCAGUUCUGUUAGUCACAGAGAGUCGUCUAAGACAAAUAUUGAGGAAAGUGAAGAUGACAGGUCCACAAGUCGAACAUCCAGAACCGUCACACACUUCGUCGAGGUAACGAGCAUGGAAGAUGGCAACAAGAGAAUCACAUAUGUCGAAAACGGUAUAACCGUGGAACCGGUGGUUGUGAGCAAGACCAAAGGGUCUUAUAACAAGAAAACGAGAACGAAAACACCAGCUCCAAAAGCUAUCCAGGAAGAUGGUAGCAAAAGAGAAAAGAGGCAUAUAGACUCUGAGAGCUUGCACUCAGCUCAGUCAUCGAGGAGCUCCAAGUCAAAACAAAACCAGCUACUUUCUUCCCCUGAACCGUCUAAUGUUUCUCAUGGAUCUAGCCCUAACUCGUACCCUGAAGUCAGUGAACUCCCAGACUCCCCUUCAAGCUCCGAGGCAGAUGCCAAAAGUUCAGCAAAUAAAGAAUGGCCACUGGAACCGGGACCUCACACGGGUGCCAUCCCGAAGAGGCGAGAUCGGUUUGGAACGCGGGUGGUGAAGUUCCCCAAGGACCGUCCCCGAGAGCUGUCUGGUGAGUCUCCGCCGACUGAGACUCAAGAGGACCAUGCAAGUCAACCCAGGGAUAUCCAUGGCCACAGAAAUUCCUCCAGUGUCCAAAAUGGUUCAGUCAAAGGUUCUGGAAUUGAGUCAGCCGGAAAGAAAGAAGAGGUCAGUCCAGCCAGAGGUCCGGAAUCCGCUCAGUCGUGGACGGCAGAAGCAGAGAUACAGCGAGGCAGUGUGGCCAAGCGCCAGGCGCUCUACGAGUCAAUCAGCGAGGUGAAUGCAGCGCGGAGGAACCUCCCUGAAACGAAGCCCGAGCUGCCGCCGACGCCUCCCGCGCGGCCCGCAGUGAUGCACCCCGCUCCAGCUGCCGCCCCUGCACCUGACGCCACACAAGCUGCCGUCUCUGCCCCCGCCUCUGCUGACACGAGCAACGUGACCUCAGCGGAGUCUGCCCCGGCCGGGUCAGUGACCUCCGAGGAGACGGCCAAUGGGACGGCGUCCUCGGUGGCAGGCAGCGACACCAACGGUAGCGAGAGGAACUACCGCCUGCGCAGGUCGGCGCUGGAGGCGCUGCCGGUGCGGGUGCCCUCCGUCAGGGAGCUGGUCAGCUCGCGUUUUGUGGAACCGCCCGUCAGUGACCUUGAGCAUGGCAACGCAGAGGAGGAGCCUGACGCGUGGAUCGCCGAGCCAUUGGACGAGGAGCGCCAGGGGGCGGAGUCAGACGGCGACUCGUCCAAUCACAGCCAGGACUCGGCCAAUCACAGCCAGGGCUCUGGGUCAGCGGUCGACGAUGGCAAACACUCACUGCUGCAGUUCGCGAUGACGAACUUCAGAGGUGCCGAAGAGAGGUACAAUCUUGUCAAGGACGAGGACGGAGCGCACUCAAAGAUGCUGGAAACCAAAAACAAGAAGAACAAGAAGAAAGGCAAGGAGGACUGGACAUGGCGGGAACAGGUGGAGCUAGUCAAGUGGACCGACCGUCCGCUCCGCGUCUCGCUGCUGAAGCUGAGUCCUCCGGAGCUGACGCGACUGGCCGUGGAGAGUUUCUCGGCCAUCCAGCGGUACAUGGGCGACCAGACUCUGCCCCGAGAGGUCACAGAUGUGGACUGCGUCUACACGGUUCUCAUGGCCUGUCACCGGUACCCCGCCCUCCGUGACGAGGUGUACUGUCAGCUGAUGCGUCAGACCACCAGUAACCGGUCCUCGCAGGCCGACUCGUGCGCGCGCGGCUGGCGCCUUCUCAGCCUGGUGGCUGCCUUCUUCCCCUGCUCGGAGAGCCUGCGGCCCUACCUGCAGAAGUACCUGGAGACAACCGCGCAGGAUCCGCGCCGGGCGCACCGAGGUACUGCCGCCGUGAGUCUGCAGAACCUCCGCCAAACGCUGCGGCUCGGAGGUCGGAGGAACGUUCCCUCAGAGGAAGAAAUUGCCGCGGUGACGGCCGGGUGUACCGCGCGCCGACAGCGGUACCUGCUGCCCGGCGGUACACAGCGCAUAGUCAACACGAGGUGUACCACUGUGGUACAGAACGUGCUGGUUGAACUCUGCCGCGAGUUGGGAGUUACCACGGAGGACGAGUUGGAGGAGUUCAGCCUCUACUGCGUGGUCGAGGGGGACGCCUUCACUCUGCCCCUCGCCCGGCACGAGUACGUUCUGGAUGUGACCACAGAGCUGGAGAGGAACGAACAGAUGUUCCACCUGGUGCUGUGUCGGACCGUGUGGUCCCUCCCGCUGCGACUGGACUCUGCUCCGUACCUGGACGUGCUGUUCAGUCAGGUCACGCCCGACUACCUGGAGGGACUGCUGCUGGUGCUACCCGCCGAGACACUGCCCCAGAGCGUGGUGUUCGACAUUGCCCGCGUGGCGGCGCUGCUGCACCGGUCGGCCGGGCUCCGCUCGAUGCCGACCAUCAAGGAGACGAAACAUCUGCUGCCCAAGGCUGCGCUGCUGGUGCGCGACAUCAAGCCGCCCCAGUGGGUGAACAUGGUACAGGACAGCUGGUCCGAGGUGCAGGACAAGACGCCCGCAGAGGCGCGACGGGCAGUACUCGAGACUCUGCGCGGCUGGCCGCUGUUCGGCUCGGCGUUUUUCGUGGUAGGAGCCGCUCCGGAGAGUCGCGGAGAGGCGGCCACGGACCGACUGCUGGCCGUCAACAGUGGCGGGCUGCUCCUACUAGAUGCAGUCACACACGAGACUCAGAGCCAAUACCCGUUCAGCGAGGUGCUCUCCACGCGCCGCGUCCGCUCCGAUGCCGGUGACCUCUAUAUCGACGUCAAGGUCGGCACGGCCAAACAGACUAAGGUCAUCCGGAUGCAGACCGAGAACGCGGCAGAGAUCGCGCGCCUGAUUCGCCAGUAUAGCGCCGCGCAGCAGCGCUCCGGACCAAUGGCAGAGCGCGCCCCUGAGCCGCGCGAGCGACAGGUGUCCCGGUAGCCAAUCAGAGGCGGCACGUGCAGGGCUCAACCAAUCACAUCCGAGAUGUGUUGUGAUUAACCAAUGACAGGCGAGACGUGCUGGAGUCAGUGAAUUAAAUGCAGAACGUGCUGCGAGCACCUAACCACAGGUCAAGUUAAUGAGUUUUGGUCAAUAAAUAGCAAAACUCCACUGCUAGGUAAGCGGUGGUUUGCCGCUAGGAUCGGGCCGAGCCAGUCAGUCUUGCGUGAGUAAUGAAAACAGUUAGGGACCAAGUACUAUACCCUGGAGAACACCAGCCUUUACGCGAGUUUCGUAUGUCUGACUGAACCGACGCCAAGUCACUUUAUGUGGUAUCCUUUUGUUUAUCCUGUUUACCCUUUAACUUUGCUCAGCCAACGUCGGGAAGACGAAGGCGAGCUGUUGCAGUCCUGUAUGAUUAGUGUUUUAUACGAACGUUUAGCGCUGUCGUGCGCCUUUACCGUGGUGAAUGAGGAACUGUGUGGAGACCAAUGUUUAUGCUGCUGUGGCCUGUGAUGUUAUCCCCAAUAUAUGUAGAUGUACUGCA